AUGGUUGGAAAUGUACAAAAUCCAAUUCAGAUUGACGAAGCUCGUUUCGCUGGUCGAAGGAAGUAUAAUAGGGGUAGAUUAUUAGCUGGUGACGCUCCUCCCGCCUUGACAGAUAUAAAUGCUGAAGUAAUUAAUAACCGAAAUCACGGUGCAAGGGUAGAUUGCCCAUGGGUAUUUGGUUUAAAAAAUGGAAAUGAUUGCCGUUAUUUUUAUGUACAUCGACGCGAUCGAGAAACACUCCUACCAAUAAUUGAACGUGAAUGCGAGGCAGGAUCAGAAAUUCAUUCUGAUGAAUGGGCUGCAUAUAGAUGUCUUACAAGCCGAGGUUUUGUACACAAGACGGUAAAUCACCAAAUCUCAUAUGUCGAUGCAAAUACAGGAGCCCACACUCAAAACAUUGAGAGGUCAUGGUUGGACGCGAAAGUUACAUUAUUGAAGAAAAUGAGGGGUGUUCCUCUUAAUCAUUUGCAGUCCCAUCUUAAUCACUAUUGCUGGCGACUUUACCGUCAAGACAGUCCGGACCUUUUUCUCGCCAUGUUAGAAGGCAUUCAGAUCGUGAAUAAUCGUUUUUGA